AUGUCUGAGCAUCUCUUCGAGGACACCUUCGUCGUCACUAGACUCGACCCUGAUGGCAAAAAGUUUGAUAGAGUUUCUCGUGUCGAAGCACGCAGUGAUCAGUUAGAUAUGUAUAUGCAGCUAGAUGUUGCUACUGAUGUUUAUCCUAUGCAUGCUGGUGAGAAAUUUAACAUGGUUUUAGCACCUACUCUGAAUUUGGAUGGCACUCCAGAUACUGGAUACUAUACACAGGCUGGUAGAAAAACUCUGGCAGACAAUUAUGAGUACGUCAUGCAUGGGAAGCUUUACAAAAUCUCAGAAGACACCUCCUCGAGCCAAAAUGCUAAAGUGUAUGGUUUUCUGCUUAUCCUUAAACUGAAAACUAGCAAACAAUGUACCAAUUUGCACCUUUUGAUGCACUAG